CGAGAGGCUGUGUGGUGCCCGCCACGUCCUCAAGGUGGUGGACAGCUGAGGACUCACAGCUUCGUGGUCAUGGUCAGAUAGGAAGGAACAUUGGGCCAGCUGCUUCCUUUUCUUUUCCCUUUCCUUUCUGCUAGCCAAGCAACCUCAACAGUCACAGCUGCCUCCUCCAUGGGUAGUAAAAGGCCGCUUAAGAUACAAGACCCUGCACCCCUGUACCGACCAGAAUUCCCCGGAACCCGCCCUUCCCCCAGGCCCCAGCUCAUCUGUGAAAUGGAACCGUCGCUACAGCUGUGCUGAGGGCUGUGAGUUCAGAUCCUACCCCUGCCAUUUCACAACUUUGGCGUUUGGGCUAUUUACUGGACAUUGUAAAUCAAAACAAGACUACCGCUACCCAAGAGCACCCUGCCGGCAUGAUGAGCAUCAAGGCCUUCACGUUGGUGUCCGCCGUGGAGCAGGAGCUGCUGGCGGGCGACAAGGAACGCAUCCACAUCGAGUGUGUGGAGUGCUGUGGCAAGAACCUGUACAUCGGCACCGCGGACUGCUUCAUCUACCACUUCCUGCUGGAGGAGAAGACGCUGCCCGCGGGGGCCGCCUCCUUCACCGCCACCAGACAGCUGCACAGGCACCUGGGCCUCAAGAAGCCCGUGAACGAGCUGUGCGCAGCCUCGGCCCUCAACAGGCUGCUGGUGCUGUGCGACAACUCCAUCACCCUGGUCAACAUGCUGAACCUGGAGCCCGUCCCCUCCGGGGCUCGCAUCAAAGGCGCCGUGACCUUCGCCCUGAACGAGAACCCCGUGAGCGGGGACCCGUUCUGCGUGGAAGUGUGCAUCAUCUCGGUGAAGCGCAGGACCAUCCAGAUGUUUCUGGUGUACGAGGACCGCGUGCAGAUCGUCAAGGAAGUGUCCACCCCGGAGCAGCCCCUCGCGGUGGCUGUGGACGGCCACUUCCUGUGCCUGGCCCUGACCACGCAGUACAUCAUCCUGAACUACAGCACGGGCCUCUCCCAGGACCUGUUCCCCUACUGCAGCGAGGAGAAGCCGCCCAUCGUCAAGAGGAUAGGCAGACAGGAGUUCCUGCUGGCCGGCCCGGGAGGCCUGGGCAUGUUUGCCACCGUGGCUGGGAUCUCGCAGCGGGCCCCAGUGCACUGGUCGGAGAACGUGGUCGGGGCAGCCGUCUGCUUCCCGUACGUCAUUGCCCUCGACGCCGAGUUCAUCACAGUCCACAGCAUGUUGGAUCAGCAGCAGAAACAGACCUUGCCCUUUAAGGAGGGCCAUAUCCUGCAGGACUUUGAAGGAAGAGUGAUUGUUGCCACAAGUAAAGGAGUUUAUAUCCUGGUCCCAUUGCCUCUGGAAAAACAAAUACAGGAUCUACUAGCAAGCCACAGAGUGGAGGAGGCUUUGGUUUUAGCGAAAGGAGCCCGGAGGAACAUUCCAAAAGAAAAAUUUCAGGUAAUGUACAGAAGGAUUCUUCAGCAGGCGGGCUUUAUACAGUUUGCACAGCUUCAGUUCCUGGAAGCUAAAGAGCUCUUCAGAAGCGGCCAGCUUGAUGUCCGGGAGCUGAUCUCUCUCUACCCCUUCCUGUUGCCCACCUCCUCUUCAUUCACCCGGUCUCACCCUCCUCUUCACGAGUACGCAGACCUGAACCAGCUCACCCAGGGCGACCAGGAGAAGAUGGCCAAGUGCAAGCGCUUCCUCAUGAGCUACCUCAAUGAGGUCCGCAGCACCGAGGUGGCCAAUGGCUACAAAGAAGACAUCGACACGGCCUUGCUCAAGCUCUACGCCGAGGCGGACCACGACAGCCUGCUGGAUCUCCUGGUCACCGAAAACUUCUGUCUUCUCACCGACAGUGCUGCCUGGCUGGAAAAGCACAAAAAGUACUUCGCACUUGGACUACUCUACCAUUACAAUAACCAAGAUGCUGCGGCCGUCCAGUUGUGGGUGAACAUCGUGAAUGGGCAUGUCCAGGACUCCACACGCUCGGACCUGUAUGAAUAUAUUGUGGAUUUUCUUACCUUCUGCUUAGACCAAGAGCUUGUAUGGACCUAUGCUGACUGGGUCUUGCAGAAAAGUGAGGAGAUUGGUGUCCAAGUGUUCACCAAGAGACCUUUAGAUGGCCAGCAGAAGAACAGUUUUAAUCCGGACGAUAUUAUCAGCUGCCUUAAAAAAUACCCUAAAGCUCUGGUUAAAUAUCUGGAACACCUUGUUAUCGACAGGAACCUGCAGAAAGAAGAAUACCACACUCACCUGGCUGUCCUCUACCUGGAAGAGGUGCUGCGGCAAAAGCCGUCAGGCAGCGGCAAGGGCGGUGAAGCCACGGAGACACAGAGGAAGCUACGGCACCUGCUGCAGAAAUCUGACUUGUACCGAGUCCACUUUCUCAUCGAGAAGACCCAGGGCGCCGGGCUGCCCGUGGAGCGCGCCAUCCUGCACGGGAAGCUGCGCGAGCACGAGAAGGCCCUGCACAUCCUGGUGCACGAGCUGGGGGACUCGGCCGCCGCCGAGGACUACUGCCUGUGGGGCUCGGAGGGCCAGGACGCGCCCGGCCGCCGGCGCCUCUUCCACAUGCUGCUCGCCAUGUACCUCCGCGCGGGCGAGGCCUCCGCCCACGAGCUGGCCAUGGCGGCCGUGGACCUGCUCAACCGCCACGCCGGGGAAUUCGACGCCGCCCAGGUGCUGCCGCUGCUGCCGGGCACGUGGUCCGUGCAGCUGCUCUGCCCGUUCCUCACGGGGGCCGUGAGAGACAGCGUCCACGCCAGGAGGACCGCGCAGGUGGCGCUUGGCCUGGCCAGGUCGGAGAACCUGAUCUACACGUGCAACAAGAUGAAGCUGAAGGGAAGCGCCAUCAGGCUCUCAGACAAAAAGCUCUGCCAGCUCUGCCAGAACCCCUUCGGUGAACCUGUGUUUGUCAGAUACCCAAACGGAGGGCUUGUGCACACCCACUGUGCCGCCAGCAGACACACGACCCCCAGCUCACCCAGCCCUGGCACCCGGACUUGAACACCGCGGCCUCAGGGUGCGAGGGGGACGCCCACUCCCCUCCCCAGCCCGCUGGGUGCAAGUUGCAAAGAGCUGCAUGCUUGGCAGCACGAGGACAGAGCGGCCGUGCGUCCCGGGAGACGCGAGCCUCUUUCCCCGAGAAGCAAGGACACCCCGCUGCGUAGCACUCUCGGUGCGGAGGUAAACGGAAAACCCCCGAAAACUUCCAGACCACACAGGCAGGGCGUCACCCGCCCGGGUACCCGUCAUCGGAAGCACAGGUUUGGGCAGGAAGGGGAUCUGGGCGGUGCAGACCCACUGUCCGUCCAGCCCGCGCCCUGGACAGGCGUUCCGUGUGGCCUGGAGAAGCGGCCCUGCCAGGCUCGGGCGAGUGCCCAGACGCAGAGUCCGGCAGCGGGCACCCCGCCUUCCCGAGGGCCAGCGUUCUCCGUCCACGUGGGCUCCGCAUUGGCCCCGGAGGGGCUGAACCUAGCGUUACCGUUUCUUGUUCCUUUGUCCCACCCAACUUUCAACCUCUGAAGCUUCUGCCUGUUUACCUAGACACUGGCUUCGGGCUUCAUUCAUUCCUGUGCUUCCUGCUGCCUGGCAAGUGGAAAUCUAUUUAAAAGCCAAUCAAGCUCCAAGCUGCCUUGCCUACCCUGGGGUGGGCGAUCACAUCAGCUGCCAGUUGGAAACACCACGGUGGACGUGUUCCACCCAGCGUUCCUAUUUAAGUUCAUACUGUGUCUGCAGUUCUCCUCUCAUUUAGAGGUUGCUCUGUCGUACUCGUUAUUAACACAUACCUCCUACUGAGUAUUUGGGAAAUUAAAAGGGAAACAUGAGAAGCUGCGCCGAGUGUGCUUUCCUGAAGAGAAGCCGACACCGGCCUCCCCCGUAGCCGCCUGGGCCCUGGACCGAGGCGGCGUUGCUUCCGGCACAACCUGGGGAGGGGGUCCUGUCGGGCCCCCCCACCUCCCAGCACCUUCUUCCUCCACCCGCUGUGAGCGUUCCUGAGCUCUCAGAAGGAAAGCUCCGUCUGCCAUACCCGUGUGGGACUCGUGUGUUUCUCACGUCACUGGCAGACUGCCCUCGUCACUCCUCGGCCCUCUUGUGAGCUGCCUCGUUGGGACGGUAGACUCCUCAGGGACCUCUCCACAAGGACAGCGUGCCCCUCGCCACCACGCGUGGGAAUGAACGGCAGAAAGCUGACGGGAGGAGCCCGGGACACACCUGCUCAGCAGCGCAGGGCUCGCUCCCCACUCGCUCUGUGUCAGUAAUCAUCAGUGUAUUCCUCCCUCGGGAUUCUAAGUGAGCCAAGAAGCAAAAGUCUCCUUGCAUUGUUGAGGGGAUUGAUGUCAUUCCCCCCUACAUGUGUCUCCAUUGGCGAAAGAAUUCUUGUAGCUCACCUGUGUGCUGUGCAAAUGGGCGUGGAUGUAGAACAGGGCCUCUUGCUCCCUCCAGGGCGCCUGUGGCCUGUGGGUUAGGGUUAAUGGUCCUCAGAGAGCAAGCUACCUGCAUUUGCACGGUUGCAUUUUUUAAAACACUGUUUGCCCUGCGCACAAAACGGUGAAGCUGGGUAAAAAGCAAGGAAGUGACGGUAUGGCUCAAGAGGUAGGGCCUCAGCUCUUGAGUGGAAAAGCCAAGCAAGAAUGUCAGAUCCUGGGUUCAAGCCUUACACCAGCACAAAAAGAA